ACCGAAAGGCCCCUGGCCCCUGGGCCGCCUCCUGUCUUCUCCUCAGCCGGUCGGGCACGUGACGUGACCGAGCCAACCGCACCCACCUCUCUCCCAAACCCUAGCAAGCGUUUCUCCUCUCCCCGAAGCUUCCAGAAGCGGCGCGCAUGGAGUCCUCCGCCUCCGGUGACGGCGCCUCUGCCAUGACGGCUGCUGUUGCUGCGGCAGCAGCGGUGGCGUCGUCCUCAUCGGGCCCCUCCACCUCUGCCUCCGCCUUCUCCGCCGGUGUCUCGGGUGGGGCAAGCGCCACCCACUACCUCGCCAAACGCGUGCUCCAUGGCAGCGCCGUGCAGCACGUCGCCCGGGGCCACUUCCGCUCGGAGCACCUUUGGGAGAUCGUCCUCUGCAAGGGAACUUCACUUGAAUUAGUUGUGGUUGGUGAGGAUGGUGUUUUACAGUCAAUCUGCGAGCAAAGUACAUUUGGGAUUGUAAAAGAUGUUGGUGUCUUGGACUGGCGCUUUAAACACUUCGGUAUCUGGCCUGAGAUUGAAGGGAAAGAAAUUCUGGUUCUACUCUCUGAUUCUGGAAAGCUUUCUCUUCUUUACUUCUGUUGUCAGAUGCAGAGGUUUAUUCCAAUUGGAAAUAUCGAGUUAUCUAAACCAGGAAAUAUGAGGGAUCAACUGGGAAGAAUUUUGGCUAUAGACCACGACUCUGCUUGGGUUGCUAUUAGUGCGUACGAGGAUGCAUUUGCUGUUGUGCGUGUUGGAAGGACUCAGCAUGUUUAUGGUCCAAAUGAAGAAAUUGUAGAGAAGGCAAAAAUCGUGCAUGCUGUAUAUAAGACCAGUGAUAUCCGCGGUACGGUUUGGAGCAUGUGCUUCAUGAGGACUCGCUGCUCGAUGGAUGAAUAUUACCCAGUUGUAGCAAUGAUAAUUAACAGGAAGGGCUCUGAUGCGAAUGACUUGUCAAUGUAUGCACUAGCUGCCAAUGAUGGUGGCAUCCAGUACCUAUCUGGUUACUCAGAACCUGGACCUUUGGCGCUUGAGAUCGCAGAAAUUCCUCAGCUGGAUGGCUUUGGACUUCUAUUUCGUGCUGGUGAUAUUCUAAUUGUGGAUCUUAGGGACCCAAAGGACAUCUGUUGUACCAUUAGAAUAAGCAUGACAGGAAGUCUGGUUGGAGAACAAAUCAGUGUUGAAGAUUCAUGUCGAGGAUUAGAUGUUGAUGACGAUGUUGCUGCUUGUGCUUUGCUAGAACUGAGAGAUUCUGGAAAUAACAUAAUGAUGGACGACAGUUACAUGGCUAUUGACGGUGCUGAUAACCCAGGAAGCAUGAAAUCAAGGGUUAUUUGCUCAUGGAGCUGGGAGCCGGAUGCCAUGCGAGGACAACCGAGGCUGAUCUUUUGCUUGGAUGAUGGAGAAUUUCAUAUUCUGGAAUUUAAUUGGGAUACGGAAGGAUUGAAGGUAUUGCCUGAGCGUGUCCAUAGGGGUUUGCCUUGUAAACCUCUUUUAUGGAUGGACAGAGGAAUGAUAGCAGGGUUUGUAGAGAUGGGAGAUGGAAUGAUCCUUCAUCUUGAACAUGGUAGACUGGUGCAUAAAGUACAGUUCAGAAUGUAGGACCAAUAUUGGAUUUAGCAAUUGCUGACUACCAUGGUGAGAAGCAGGAUCAGUUGUUUUCAUGUUGUGGAAUGUGCCCUGAGGGAUCAUUGCGUGUUAUAAGGAAUGGUGUCAAUGUGGAGAAACUUCUGAGGACUGAACCUAUUUAUCAGGGUGUUACUGGUUUGUGGACGUUGAGAAUGAAGAGAAC